CUAAAACUGGACAACUCUCCAUCAAAUUUCAUCAAUACCAGCUCUGGUGUUCCUCAAGGAUCUAUCCUAGGACCGAUCCUGUUUCUAAUUGUUAUAAAUGAUGUGACUAAACGGCUACAAUACUCGAAGCAUGGACUCUUUGCCGACGACAAAUAUGCUUAUCUUCAUUUUAAGCAUUCUCAAAUGAAUGAUGCAGCAAACAAACUUAUGUCUGAUGGAAAUGCGGUAGUUGACUGGGCAAAAGAAGUUGGUCUUGAAGUAAACUUUAGUAAAACUAAAGUUAUGAUACUUGGGAGCAAUAAAAAACUAAGAAAUCUAAACAACUGGGAUCUGCCUCAAAUUAUCAUUGAUGCUCACAUCACUCGUAAAGUUUAUGGUACAUUGAAUUGUCUAAAACACAGAAGAAACAUACUCUCUACUUCAACACGUAAACUACUAGUCAUGACUACUAUAAUUCCAAUUGUUGAAUACUGUUCCUUAGUUUUGAUUGACUUAUCCAAAAGGCUAGACUACAAACUUCAACUGUGCUUUAUCAAGCUCGACGGGCUGCAGACGGAUGAGAGCCUGGAACGCGUGCCUCGGAGAGCGUUUCCCAGAUUUGCAACCCCGGGGUCGGCUAUCUCGCUUUCCUCGACACAGAUACUGUUACUCACGUUCAUGAGCUGUCCCCUAGAUCGCUCAGAAGCGACGGCCAAACGUUAA